ACUCCAGCACCACGACUGUUCAGCUUUUUCUGUUCGGAUAGCAAAGUGGAUUGGACUGAAGGGGGAAUUUAAUUCCAGGCGUAAAACUAGCACAACACUCGUGUCUUAUAGUUAUUCCGAUUUCGCCCGAAGACCCUCCAUUUUCGCUCACCUCUUGCCUUCGUACGGCCGCACACGACGUAGACGAGUAUAGAGUAUCUGUCCGUCAUCCGGUUCGUUCCUCGCAAAGCUAUGAAGAGCUGUCUAAAGCCAUCACGAGUAUCUGUCUCUACUUCUACCGCGCCUGCCUCUUCCUCUUCUGCCCACUCGAGCCCGGGUUCAAGUUUGAAAUUCGAUGCGCGCCCACAGUGGAAGCGCAAUGUCAGCUUUCGCGAAAAAUCCGAGGACGAAAUACACACCGCGGACGACUGGGAUAGGUCCCCGGUCGACGUUGCUGCAAAGCUAACUUAUGGUGACAUCCUCGAGCUCAAACAAAUGCAAGUCGACACUGCUCGCGAUUGUGCGCGUGCACAGGUAGCAGCGGGUGCGACGCCUCGUUAUCUUACGAAUGUUCCUCUCGGGUUGUUGCCACUACUUCCAGAGACGAGUGGCGGACCGGGCGCCACAGCACCUCCGACGACACCAAUGUCACCUCGUGUGCUGUCGCCAUCAGGCUCUCCACCAAGGCGUCCCGGGUCGCCUGGCAGUGGCAGUAAAUCUAUAGGAUUAGCACUUGCGGAAGCAUGUCUCUGCAAGGUGUUUAGCGCAGAUACGGGCACACCUGCUGCGAACGCGUACGGACACAAACAGUCGUGUGCACUUCACCAACCUGUCGGCAGAUCGAAUGGAUCGCCGGUUCCGAGAGCAAAUACUUCACCGCAAGCGCCGUUCAGACUGAAUGUAACGCACCAAAUUCCUUCUCCACCAGAUACACCUCCACGCGCGAUGAUCACGUCGAUCCCGCCGCCUCCACCUACGUCGCGUGCUCGGAACUUCGCGUUCUUACCAUUGUUGGAUCCCUCCACGUCCUCCUCACCCUCUUCCACUCCUAGUACGACGCCGAGCGUGAGUAGCGCUAGUAGUCCCGUACUUUCGCCUCGCGUGACGUCACCUCCUCCUUCAUCACCUGGACCGAUGAUAAGAUCCAGUAUGUCUUCGUCCACAUCGUCUUCGUCUUCGGUAUCAUCGCCUGGGGCAUAUUCAUCGUAUGAUCCCUAUGCUGGUCGAAGCCAUGUAGGUGGAAGUGCAACAUUGGGGUUAGAGCGUAAACUCGGGCUAGCUUCGCACGACUUUGAUUCCCAUUCGGAGACCGAUUCAAGCGCAGAAGAGGAUAAGGAUUGGCCUUCCGACUGGCCUGGACGACGCGUUUCCCUAAAAGGCCAGCAACACCAGCACCAGCACCGUCACGGCGCAAGCGAUGGUUCAAGUACGAGUAAGACCUCAGAUGCAAAGAAAUCGUCAGCGCCAACUCUUCCUCCUUCUCCUCCCGUCGAAUCUACUCCACUUCUUAAUCCUAUACCUGUUCCAAGUCCAAACAGGAGUAGUGGGCAAAUGUCACCUCGAGCUGGUGGCUCGAAGACACUUGCCUCUUCGCCAAGUAGAACCUCACGGACUUCCUCUCCAUCUUCGACUCCUUCUCAGGCUUCGUCGUCUUCUUCGCCUUCGAAAGCACACAAGUCUGGGUUUCGGCUUGUUACACUUGCCUAGAAUUUCCGGCUUGUUACACUUGCCUAGAAUUUCCUUUGGGUUAUGUUUAUACUGAGAUCGAUUCUAUAUCAUCGCUGUCGACAGCCUGAACGCAAUAUUCAUUUCGCCCUGGUGACUUUUGGAACGCCAUGAGGACGGUUUGCGGUAUGAUACGCCUAAUAUGUUUAUGGACUUGGAUGUCGCUUUCCUCCCUGCCCUCCCUUCACACAUACCAUAGGAUACAUGUCAAAAGUUCUACACCUACAUUUCAAACAUAUUCCCCUCUCUUCCCAAGACCAUGUCCUGUUUCUCAUUGUUGUACGGCAUGGUUUUUAUCAGCCCUCUCAUUCUUCAGCAUUAUCAUCUUUCGUCAUCAUAAUCGCAUAGCAUUAUUCUACAGAUUUUGUUCCCAUAUUUAUCUACAGUAUCUCAGUUCUG